UUCUAAAACCCUAUUUUCAGAGUAACUGUCCCAUAGCUGUCACCUUCACACACAAAAACGAAACAAUGGAAUCACUAUUGAAGUUGCAUCAUCAUCAUCAUGCACACAUAGGUUCAAAACAAAGCAAACCCAUUUCGCAUGUUCUUCCCAAAUCCACCAUUUCACUUCGUACACACCACAGCUUUGUUCAAUCAUCACCCAUUCUUACUGUUUCCUAUCGCCCUCUUCAAGUUCAUGCUACUUCCUCUUCUUCUUCCUUUCAAUUCAGACAUUCAAGUAAAAUAAGGGUGGAUGAAAGUAAGAGCUUGACGUUAGAGAGCAUCAGGCAUUCUUUGAUCAGGCAAGAGGACAGCAUAAUAUUCAGUCUUCUGGAGAGAGCUCAGUAUUCCUACAACGAAGACACGUAUGACAGCGAUGCACUCUUCGCAGAUGGUUUUCGUGGCUCUUUGGUUGAGUACAUGGUCUGCGAAACUGAAAAACUUCAUGCACAGGUGGGAAGAUAUAUGAGCCCAGAUGAGCAUGCUUUCUUCCCAGCAUACUUACCUGAACCACUGCUUCCACCAUUGAAGUACCCACAGGUUCUGCAUCGCAGUGCCAAUUCAAUCAAUAUAAACAAGUCGAUUUGGGACAUGUAUUUUAAGGAUCUCCUGCCAAGAUUGGUAAAACCAGGAGAUGAUGGUAACUGUGGAUCAGCUGCGGUUUGUGACACUCUUUGCUUGCAGGCUCUCUCAAAGAGAAUCCACUAUGGGAAAUUUGUUGCUGAGGCAAAGUUUCUAGAAUCCUCUAAAGUAUAUGAGCCUGCCAUUAUAGCGAAAGACGGGAAACGGCUGAUGGAGUUGUUGACGUAUGAAACAGUGGAGGCAUUGGUGCAGGAGAGAGUAGAAAUGAAAUCAAGAGCAUAUGGUCAAGUGGUAAAGAUCGAAGACAAAGGUGAAGUAGUUGAUCCGGCUUAUAAAAUCGAGUCAGGCUUGAUAGGUAAUCUUUAUAGAGAUUGGAUAAUGCCUCUCACAAAACAAGUGCAGGUAGAAUACUUGUUGAGAAGACUUGAUUAAUAGAAGAACAUGGUUUUCUUUUUGCUUUCCAAUUCUUAGAACUUGAUGUCGAGGAGAAAAAUGAGGGAUGUUUAUCUGAAUUUUUUCCCCAAUUAUUGGAACUUUGUGCUAGAUGAUGAUUUAGGAUGUUUAUCUUGUUUAAGAAUAAAUUAUGUUGUUUUCAGGAUUUUGAUAUUUGUCUUUAUUUAAGGAAUAAUAUCUUAUUUGUCCUUUAAA